AUGGCGACCACCUACCAAAAAGGCACGCAAGUAUGGCUCGCCGACUCGCCGACCUCCUGGAUUCCGGGCACAAUCACCUCCAUCGCCCUCCCAGCAGACGAGGAUCCCAAGGGCGAGGUCUCUCUCGUGGUCGCUUAUGACCAAGGGACGUCCGACUCACCCGAAAGCAAGACGCUCAAGUUUAGCCUCGAGGCGUUGACGGCGGCGACGGCAGCUGCGAAUGGGGGUCAGUCGCCCACUGCUGCGCCCGGGCAGGAUGUGAUUCCGCCGUUGAGGAACCCGCCUAUCCUCGAGUCGGCGGAGGAUCUGUCAGCGCUGAGUAAUUUGAACGAGCCGUCUGUGCUGCACGCAAUAGCCACCAGAUACUCUCAACGUCUACCAUACACAUUCUCCGGAAUAGUCCUCGUCGCUCUCAAUCCCUUUUCCCCUUUGUCGAUAUAUGGCCCCGAGAUCAUUCAGGCGUAUUCGGGGAGGAAGAAGGGCGAGCUGGAGCCGCACCUGUUUGCCAUUGCGGAGGAGGCGUUGGAUUGUAUGCGAAGAGGAACGGGCGGAGGUGGGACAGAUCAGACGGGAGCAGGAGAUCAGACUAUCGUCGUCAGUGGAGAAAGUGGAGCAGGAAAGACCGUCUCUGCCAAAUUCAUCCUCCGGUACUUUGCCUCAGUGGAUGACCCAGCCAAGGCAUCAGGCUCUUCCCGGCGGAGAGCGGAAGGUGGGGGAGAGGAAGAGAAGAUGAGCGAGACGGAAAGGCAGAUUCUGGCUAGUAAUCCCAUCAUGGAGGCGUUUGGGAAUGCCAAGACGACGAGGAAUGACAACUCGUCUCGUUUCGGAAAGUACAUCGAGGUCCUGUUUGACAACACACACGAGAUCGUUGGAGCUCGGAUACGGACAUACCUCCUGGAACGGUCUCGACUGGUCUACCAACCCGAAUCCGAACGGAACUAUCACAUCUUCUACCAGCUCCUCGCCGGCGCUCCGUCCAAGGAGAAGAAGGACCUCUCCCUAUCUACCAAUCCCUCAGACUUUGCCUACCUCGCAGGCGGCGGACCCUCCUCCACCCCCAUUCCCGGCGUAGACGACGCCAAGGAGUUCCGGGACACUCAGACCGCCCUAUCGACUGUCGGAAUAGCCGUCGAGCGACAAUGGCACGUCUUCAAGCUUCUCGCCGCGCUGCUACACCUGGGAAAUAUCAAAAUCACCCAGUCGAGGACAGACGCGGUGCUCGCGGAUGACGAUGCGAGCUUGGAGCUUGCAACGCAGUUGUUGGGGCUGCCGGGGGCAGAGUUCAAGAAGUGGACCAUCAAGAAGCAGCUUACGACGCGGUCAGAGAAGAUCGUAACGGCCUUGGGGAGUGCAGCGGCUUCGGUGGUGAGGGACUCGGUGGCCAAGUUUGUGUAUUCGUGUCUGUUUGAUUGGCUGGUAGGCGUGGUGAAUGAGAGCUUGUGCGGGGAGGGCAAAGCCGAGCGGUCGACCAAGUUUAUUGGAGUGCUGGAUAUCUACGGCUUUGAGCACUUCAAGAAGAACUCGUUUGAGCAAUUCUGUAUCAACUGGGCGAACGAGAAGCUGCAACAGGAGUUCAAUGCGCAUGUCUUCAAGCUCGAGCAAGAAGAGUAUGUGCGCGAGCAGAUCAACUGGACAUUCAUCGACUUCUCGGACAAUCAAGCCUGCAUCGACAUUAUUGAGGGCAAGAUGGGUAUCCUCACGCUGCUCGACGAAGAAUCCCGUCUACCGGCCGGUGCAGACGCAUCGCUGGCCACCAAGCUGCACUCCCAGCUCGCCAAGCCGGAAAACAACAAGGUCUUCAAAAAGCCUCGGUUCAAUCAGAACGCCUUUACCAUCGCCCAUUACGCCCUGGACGUGACGUAUGACGUUGAGGGUUUCAUCGACAAGAAUCGCGAUACCGUCCCGGACGAACACCUCGCGCUUCUCCAGGGGAGUUCGAACGAGUUCCUCCGGGAAGUAUUGGACGCUGCGCUCUCAGCUGCCAAUACGGCCAAGGCGAACGGGGACGUCAAGCCUACAGCGGCGGCGACAGCGGCGCCAGCUCCAGGGCCGGGCAAGCGUGCAGGUGCGACUGCCCGGAAACCGACGCUCGGGAGUAUCUUUAAACACUCGCUCAUCUCCCUCAUGGACACCAUCAACCACACCAACGUCCAUUAUAUUCGGUGCAUCAAGCCAAACGAGGCAAAGAAGGCGUGGGUCUUUGAGUCGAAUCAGGUCUUGAGCCAGUUGAGGGCGUGUGGUGUGCUCGAGACCAUCCGGAUCAGUUGUGCGGGGUAUCCCUCACGAUGGACAUUUGCCGAAUUCGCGGAAAGAUACUACAUGCUCAUUCCGUCUAAAGAAUGGCAAGGAAACGACGAUGUCCGCUCCCUCUGUUCCCUCAUUCUCCAACGUACUCUCCCGGAGGACGACCGGUACCAGAUCGGCCUGACCAAGAUCUUCUUCCGGGCGGGUAUGCUCGCUCUCCUCGAGUCGCAACGUACCAACCGGAUCAACCAGCUCGUCACGCUUGUGCAAAAGAAUGUCCGCCGCCGGAUCGCAUACAAGCGGUAUCAGGAGAUGCGCAAGGCGUCGGUCCGGAUCCAGGCGUGGUGGCGCGGUGUGAUGGCCAGGAAGGCAUACCAGGAUCUGAGGAGGCAGGCGGCGGCGACGUUGAUUCAGAGGCAGGUCAGGGGAUGGUUGGCGAGGAGAGAUUAUGUGCGGACGAGGGACGCGGUGGUUCGGAUACAAGCGGUGGUUCGAGGGUUCAUCGCGCGAAAGGAAAGCCGGCAGGCCAAGAUCGACAACGCGGUCAUCCUGCUGCAGAGCCUUUGGCGCGGAAGGCCAGUUCUCGCUCGCCGCCAAGCAAAAUCCGAGGUUUGCAAAGUCGUCCUCCUGCAAUCCGUCUACCGUCGCAAACUCGCCGUCAAGGAGCUCAAAGGUCUCAAGGCCGAGGCCAAGUCUGCCACCAAGUUCAAGGAGAUCUCGUAUCACCUCGAAAAUAAGGUGGUCGAGCUUACGCAGAACCUCCAAAAACGCGCGGCGGAGAAUAAGGAGCUCACCUCGCGCAUGUCGACGCUGGAGCACCAGAUCGUGCAGUGGCAAACGCGGCACGACGAGGCGACGACCAAGAGCCGCGAGCUGGAAGAAAAGCUAGCGGUACCAACUGUCCCUGUCAGCCAGUUCGAGGUGGCCGUCAAGGCCAAGACGGAGGCGGAGGAGCGUCUGCGCCUGGCGGUCAAGCAGGCGGAAGAGAAGGAGGCGGAACGGACCAAGUUGGCCGAGCAGCUGCAGCGCAUGGCGGCCGACCUGGAUACCAAGGCGGCGGCACACGAGUCGGAGGUCGCCAAGUCGACCGAGGCGGCGACGAGCAUGUCGGCGCUCCGGGCGGAGCUCACGGCGUUGAAGGAGCAGAUGUCGCGCACCAAUGCGAUGAACGCCCUGACCAGGGGUCAGCGGGAACCGCCCACGAGCCCUACCCUUCCAAAUGGUCUGCGCCAGCUAGACGGGUCGACCGGAUCGGGUCCGUCUGCUCCUCGGCGGCGCCAACGGCGGCACUCGACAGGUCACGGGGCUACUGGCAUGCACGCCCGCAAACUCUCUCACGACGAGAUUAUGGCGAUCAAAAAGGCCAACGCAAAUCCCCGCGCCGUAUCCGUCAUGUUCCCGCACGACGCCGCACCGCUUCGUCCUCGUGACUCGAACGGACUCCCCACCGUCGUCGACUCGCCGUCAGACGAGAUCUCCCGUCUGCUUACGGACGAGGUGGCGCUGGAUGAUGAUGUCCUCCAGGGUCUGAUCAACGAUCUCCGCAUCCCGGCUCCCAGCUCGCACAACCCACCACUGGCCAAGGAGGUCAUCUUCCCUGCUCAUCUCAUCAGCCUGAUCAGCAAUGAGAUGUGGAAGUUGGGAAUGAUUCCAGAAAGCGAGCGGUUCUUGGCGAAUGUCAUGCAGACUGUCCAGGCAUAUGUUAUGCAAUUCAAGGGAGAAGAUGUCAUCCAACCGGGUAUCUUCUGGCUCACCAACGUACACGAAAUCCUCUCGUUCAUCUGCAUCGCCGAGGCGGACGCCAAGCAAGGUAUCGCUCCCGGAAACGACGACAAUUCUGGCCGGCCGCUCGACUGGGAGCUCUACGAGCGCCUCGUCGAAGUGGUCAAGCACGACCUCGACUCGCUCGAGUACAACAUCUACCACACGUGCAUGCUCGAAAUCAAGCGGGUCAUGCAAAAACUCAUCAUCCCCGCUCUUAUCGAAUCGCAGGCGCUUCCGGGCUUCAUCACGAGCGACGGGCACGGUCGGAUGUUCUCCAAAUUCAUCGGAAUGAGCGCGAGCCAGGCGCCUACGGCGACGAUGGACGAUAUCCUCAAUCUGCUGAAUGCGGUCUGGAAGUGCUUGAAGAGCUACUACGUCGAGGAGAGCGUCAUGCAGCAGGUGGUGACGGAGCUGUUGAAGUUGAUUGGGCAAGUGGCGUUCAAUGAUUUGAUCAUGAGGCGGAACUUUUGUUCGUGGAAGAGGGCAAUGCAAAUCCAGUACAAUAUCACUCGGAUCGAGGAAUGGUGCAAAGCCCACGAUAUCCCAGAGGGCUUGCUCCAGCUGGAACACCUCAUGCAGGCAACCAAGCUGUUACAGCUCAAGAAGGCAUCAAUGGGCGAUAUCGAGAUCCUCUUUGACGUCUGCUGGAUCCUCUCCCCUUCCCAAAUCCAAAAACUCAUCGCUCAAUACCACAACGCAGAUUACGAAGCGCCUAUCACCUCGGAUAUCCUCAAAGCUGUCGCAGCGCGGGUCAAGCCUGACGACAAGUCGGAUCAGCUAUUGUUGGCGCCAGAAACGGACGAGGUGGGGCCGUAUCAAUUGCCUCAACCAAGAGAGAUUGCGGGGUUGGAGACUUAUGUACCGGCGUGGUUGAGCGUACCGCUUGUUCGGAGAUUGGCGACGUUUGUGGCAUGA